AUGUUGUAUUACCACGAACCCCCUACACCUUUCUCUGAUCAUACCUACAAAGUGGAUCAAGGCGUUUCAUGCGAUUUACGAAUUUGGCCCUCUGAUGUAGACUCAAACUCAAGCUCAGGGGUAUCGUCCCCUUGGAUAAUGUAUGUUCAUGGAGGUGCUUUUUGUGCAGGAAAACAUUAUAAUCCAAAUGCAUGGGUAAUACCGACAUUUCGACCACGGGGGUGUCAUGUCGUAUCUGUUUCAUAUAGAUUCACACCUCAUGUCUCACUCUCACAGCAAGUGGAAGAUUGCAAGGAUGCUUUCGAAUGGUGUAAAAGCAAUUUAUCAGAAAUAAUCGGCAAUACAAGUUCAGUGGAUAUAGAUAAUUAUGUCCUUAUAGGUGAAUCCGCUGGAGGAUUGAUAGUUUCCUUAUUGCCUUUCUACACAAUGAAUCCAUUACCACCAAAAGCUAUUGUUAAUAUAUAUGGUCCGACGGAUUUGACUUACCUAUCGUCGACAUCUUCAACUCCGAUAAAUCCAGUUGAGAUUCAGCCUUUAUCGGGUGAAUUUUCGAAAGAAGAAGUGGUCGAAGGAGCUAAUUCCAGGGAUCCAGCAAAAGCUUUAACUGUUUGUCCCUUUGAAUUUGACAUUUCAGAAGAAACGUAUCGGAAAAUAUGGGGUGUACCGGAUUUUCAAUAUACGAAAGAACAAAGGUUUCAAUACGAUAUUAAGAGACAUCUUAGAACUACAAGAUCUCUGAUGGACGUUUUAUUAAGGAAAGAAGAAUGUAAAAAUGAUGGAGAAUGGUUAGAUAGAUUAAAAGUUUAUUCGCCUUUACAUCUAAUUAGAAAUGGAACGCUUACGUACCCUCCUACUGCGUUCCUUCAUGGAAAAGAUGAUCCGGUGGUCAAUUACACUCAAGCAGAAAUAUUUUCAGACGCUCUGAAUAAUAUGGGAAUUGACACUUUAACUUGUCUGGAACCGGGGCAAGUUCAUGAAUUCGACAACAAGUAUAUCGGACCUGAAGUAGAAGGCUGGGAUACAUAUAUAACUCCGAUCGCAGAAUUUGUUGAAAAAUAUAUCAAGUAG